AUCAAAACUCUAUUAAAAGGAGAAUACGGAGGCUUCUUACGUAUGCCACCUAGGAUUGGAAAUUCGACCAGUAAUAUUCAAGCAAUUAGACAUGUCAUCCGUCUAUUAUACGAUUUGGGCUUUGGCUUUCUUAUUUUGUAUUUGGUUUUGGGCUUCCUAAUGUGCCUUCUUUUAUUUUACGAUUAAGGCUUCUUCUCCUAUUUCUGUCGGCACAAUUCUCUUCUGUAGUCGAUGAAUAUGCUGUUCUCCGCUCACCUUUCAUCUUCCAGAUCUUCUCUUUCUCUUCUCACCAGAACCGUUUCAACACAUACUUUCAUCUUCAUUGCUCUCAUUCAAUGGAUUCUUUUCAUCUUCCUCUCCAUUACUCUAUUUAUAAAUCUCUACUUUUUGCGUCGAUUACAAUUGAUUUUCUUUUCUCAUACAAAAGUCCCGAUGGAGCCCAAAGGAAACUCACCGAACUCCGGCGAUCGCAAUACCAACAAGAAGACCGUCGCCUCCUCCGCGACUCCAAGGCCAAGCCGGAAGUCUACUGGUUCCUCCGACACCGUGAUGAAACCUAACGGGAAGUCUCCUGUUUUGUCUGCUCUCUCCUCCGCGCGUGGCGAUCAAGUGACUCCAAGGCCAAGCCGGAAGUCUACCGGUUCCUCCGACACCGUGAUGAAACCUAACGGAAAGUCUCAUGUUUCGUCUGCUCUCUCCUCCGCGCGUGGCGAUCAAGUGAUGCUCUUUAGAGAUGUUUCGUUCGGCCCACACGAAGCCGACCUAAGGUUUCGACUGAUUCAUUUCUGGGAGGCUCGAAAUCCAAACUCGAAAACGCUCAUUGGACAGGAGAUGCUCCUCAUAGAUGAAGAGGGGACUGUUAUUCAAGGUUUUGUUCCAGCGGGUCGGGUUGGGACAUAUGAGCUGGCUUCUGGUUCUGUUUAUAAGCUAAGCAAUUUUUACGGCUCCAGAAACAAAGCUCAGUAUCGGGUUACGGAUCAUAGCGCCACCGUCACAUUCGCUUGGAAUUCUGAGCUAUCGGUUAUUGAUAACCCUCCGGUUGCAUUCCAGGAAGAUAGGUUCAGGUUCUACAGUUACGAGGAGUUUCAGGCUGACUGCGACCGCAAAAUUAAUCUUUAUGACUAUGUUGGCCACAUGAAGUUGGUGGAUGGGCAGGCUAUCACUGAACGUAUGGUCCUCGACGAAGUUGACAUAGCAGAGAAGCGACAUCUAUGUGUUCAUGUUCAGACACAUGGCGGGCCAGUAAUGAAACUCUAUCUAUGGGACCAGGCCGCAUCUGAAUUCUGCGAGAAAUUCAAGUUGUAUGUAAGCACUCCAAGCGUUCUUUUGGUCACAACAGUAAACCCUAAACAUCUUGGAGAAACACUUGCUCUCACUUCGAUGUCAUCAUCUCGAGUGUUUAUGGAUGCUGAUGUCCAGCCUAGCAGGGAUUAUCUUGCCUGGUUGAGUUCCAACUCAGAUAUUGCUAACAAAAUUGAUGCAGAGGUUGUUACUAAGCCUGAGACCGCAACUCUAGCGGAACUUUUCUCCUACAUCAAACUGGAAACUGCUAAGGUUGCAUGGUUCGAAUGCACAGCAACUAUAGACGAUGUCGUUCGUGGUUCCGCUUGGUAUUAUAUUUCAUGCGGUGGGUGUAACAGUAAGGCAGUCAAUGGGCCUACCUCUCUCAUUUGUAACAACAAGAAAUGUGACAAGAGUGUUGUUACAGGCGUUCCUCAAUACCUCACGAGGAUUAAUGUUUAUGAUAAGAGUGAACAGGCAGUUUUCGUGAUCCUUGGUGACGCCGGCAGAGAGUUGACUGGAAAACAUGCAUCAGAAUUAGUUGCCAGUUACUUUGAGUGUAAUGAGGGCGUAGAGGCUGAUCAGUGCGUGCCGGUGCCGCAGGCUCUACUCGAUACAAUAGGGCAGACACAUAAAUUCAUUGUGAAAGUCUCCGAUCUUAAUUUCUCAGGGAAGACCCAAACCAUUACUGUCACGAAGGUAUUCCCACCAGAAGCUCCACAUCAUGUAGCUCUCUUGGAAGAACACGCUGUUCUAUCAACAUCUGAUGAUGUCUUGAAGUCUGUAAGUGAGGACUCCGAUCCUAUCAGAGGUCUUGAUGGUACUGUGGGUAAGAGGGUUAGGAAAGCCUCUGAUGGUAUGGAGCCGGAUGAAGCCAAACGUCCCAAGAGUGGCUAAUACAGCUUUAUCAAUCCUCUUAUGCCAUGAUUGAUUUUGCUGCAGUUUAAGUUCCGUUUUAUGUUUACCAUUUUUAUCUUCAAACUUUUGUUCAUUGCAUGCUUUCUAUGUUUCUUUUAAUACACUUUCCCUUUUAUGGUUUUAUAUUAUGUUAGUCUUAUUUUCCCUUACUACUACGCAUACAUUCAGACUUUAAAAUAAGGAAGUCACUAGGAUCUGAUUUUGUGAUUAUUACUGAACAACGUAUAUGUAUGAUCACAUCCAAUGCUAACAUCUUUGAAAUUACAUAUUUAUUAAAUCUUUGAUAGACGUGGUUUGGUCCAUAAGUUUAGUACUUAUCAUCAAUUAGAAUAAAGUAAAUUUGUUACUAUAUACUACUUCCAAAAACGUAAACAGAGCAAUAUAUGCAGAUCUUAUAUCUUAGGGAAUAACUUCAUUAUUUAGUAUAAACCAAAUCGAAUUACAUAUUUAUUAAAUUUUUGACAUACGUGAUUUGGUCCAUAAGUUUAGCACCUAGCAUCAAUUAUAAUAAAGUAAUUAAGUAAAUUUGUUACUAUCUACUACUUCCAAAAACGUAAACAGAACAAUAUAUACAGAUCAUAUCUCCUAAGGAAUAACUUCAUCUUUAAUAUAAACCAAAUCGGAUUACACCUACCUCCGUCUUUCAAGAAACACCUUUUUUCUUGCACAAUCAAAAAAACACCUAGAUUAAUUAUUCUCAAAUAACUUCGCCACUGGAACCGACAAUUAAGCUAAUAUCAAGUCAAUACCCCAAAAGCCUCUAAAGUGUAGGUGUAAGAAUUUACAAUAAGUCAACAAAUUUCUAUACCUAUUCCUAAUUACAGAUUUAUGAACAGAUUGAGUCUAAGGAUCACAAGAUCGACAGAAUGGAGAACCCACCUCCUAACCCUCCUGUCCAAAUUGCAGGUAACACAAAUCUUUAUUUUUAAGUGUUAGAUAAUUUGUAAAAUUUUAAAGUUAUAUAAUUAUGUAUUUUUACACAUGAUAAAUAUGUAAUUUAAUUAUUGUUUACGUUAAGCAGACUCUCAUUUAGCUAAUCAGACUGCUUACAAAGCUGCUUGCAUAUAUCUAACGUAUCAAUCACGUAAACCAUAACCGCACAUUGUUCCUAUUCAGUGAUCAAGCAUGAUCGUCUUCACUGAAUAAAUUUGAAAACGAUCUUAUACUAUAUACAGCUAAGCUAAAAAUCAUUUAUAAACUGUUAAUGCUAAUCUAUAAUUUCCUACACACAAACUUACCCAUUUGUUAUUACCAGGCACUAUAUACUCUAAUCUUCAUCUAAUUAAAGAAAGCAUUUGCUGCGUAAACCUUCGCUUAGACAAUUCUCAAAUAUUAAAAUAUGGAGGAAAUUAUUACAUGGUUCAAGUCAAUGGUUAUACAAUUUGGACACCAUUUUUACGUUAAUUCAUGAUUAUUUUCCGUGAUACUUGCGAAUGAAUUCCCUAUAUACCAUAGAUUAUCUGUUAAAAUUGUUUUUUUUUUUGUGAAUUAUGCAAUAGUGAUUUCUGGCACAUCGAUUCCACAGACCAUGUAUGUUUCAAAUUGAUACCAAUCACACCGUUCAUAUUGUUUCAGGAAACCAUAAAAUUCUAUAAUAAUAAGUAUUUAUCAAACAAAACGCAUCAUAAUCAUACUUUAUCCUAUAACACCAAAAUCUCUAAUCGCAGAUCUAAUGGCUGAAAUAGGUGGUGAUAUGUAUAACUACACCAUUGUAUAAAUAAUAAUAAUGCUAAAUUGUUGUAUAUAUUUUCAAAUGCUAAUAGCACAGCCUAUUCGUCAAUGGUCAUAUUUUUAUUUACUUAAAACCUAAUAUUAAUUCCAAUCAAUGUUUUUAAACCCGACCCGGACACUGAACCGGACGACUUACCGGGUCGAUGGGUCACUGGAUCAACCGCGGGUUUAUAAAUGAAUUAAUUUUACUAUAUAAUAAUAAUAUAUUAUCAAUGAAAAUAAAUAUAAAAAAUAAAGUUUAAUAUUUUCAAAAAAAUUUAAAACAUAAAAUAAUAGUUUGGAUAUGUGUAUAUUUUAUGUUUAAAAAGUAUUUAGAAAAUACUUAACUUUAAUUUUAUAUUUUUAUUUUCCUUUGACAUAUAAAAUAUCAAAAAAUAGUUUAGACUAUUUAAAAUUUUCUGAAUCUAAAAAAUCAAGAUAUAAAAUUCAUAAAUAUUUAAAUGUCUAAUGUGAAUAAUAAAUCAAACUUCAAUUUAAAAAUAAACCAAAAGUAAAAGAUCAUUGUAAUAAAUUAUCGAUAGCAGAAAUAAACUAACACCAAAUCACAUCAACUGGCAUAAUGAAGUUUUCAUCAAAUUCCAAAAAUCACAUAUAUAAAUUAAAAACGGAAAGCCUGACCUUUUGUCAGCAACUAACUUCUUAAUUGAAAACUUAGAAUAUAAAACAUAAUCUAAAAACUGAAAAAAAAACGUAAAAGUUAUUUAUUGGUUUAACCGGUGGUUCAACCGGUAUCGGACUCCAAGUUUUAGUGGAUUUCUUCGGGUUUUCAUGAGUUUUUAAAUAUUAGGUUUUUCACAAAACACGACCCGGAUCCGCGGUUGAACCGGUUAACCCGGUGACCCAGAAAAAAUCCGGUUCGACCAGCCAUAUAUAUUAAUGAUAUUGUUUUAAAUUAUUCAUUACCCGCUGCUUUAAGCAUUAUUCAUAUUAUUAAAAUACCUAAUUAGUCAAGACAAAGGAAAAAAACCAAUUGGAAGUGCCAUAUCAUUCAGAUAAAAUAAAAUCCAUGUAUUGGUUUUGGUAGUAAAUAAAAUUUGUUUGAAUGUAAUCAUUUAUUACAAUCAGAGCUUUGAAGUUCAGCCUUAAUUAAAAUCGCAUGUUUUACAGUGACGUCUUACAUGCAACACAUUCCUCAAAGAAUCCACCAACUUCAGGAAGGGAUUUCAGUGCAUCCUAUCACGGUAUGUAUAAGAAAUGUUUGGAACAUCAGAAAACACCAAACAAAUAAUACUCAAACUUCCAUCGGCUUCCUGUGCUACGACCACCACGUAAGCCUUUUUAAAACUUUAACAUAUACAUAUAUAUUUUCCAAUCCACCAUAUUUGAUUUAAACUACUCAUUAUUUACUUAAUUGGUUUGGCAUAACAAAAUUUGUUCACACUCAAGGACAACUAUUAGAAGGUCGGCUCAACGGAAACAUUCAGCCGAAUGACCCAAAAAAACUUAAUUGAAGGAGAUAUAUAUAAGUUUUCAGGAUUUUCUGUCAUACAUAAUUCACGACAUCGGAAACUCACCCAACUGCCGUAUUACAUUCAGAUCGACCAAAAGACGAUAACAUUGAACGUUACACUCGACGGUCCGAUAUUUCCAGUUCACAAUUUAGCUCCUCAUAAUUACAGAAAUCUAUUGCAGUUAGCCACUACAUCCACGUACUUACCAGGUAAGUAAGUCAUUCCAGUAUUAAUUAAACAAACAUGAAUGUUUAUUCUAAAGUCAAUGUGCAGAUGUCGUCGGACAGAUAGUCAUAAUACAAAAAAUAAAACCAGACCACCCAGACCUUAAUAUUGAUGCCACGAUUGGUCUGCGGCUGAACAGGUAAGUCUAACACAAUAGUUAAACACGAAAUUAUAAUUCUCUUCAUACAUACAUAUCUAUCUCAGGUCGACAAUUGUUAAACUCAUCCUGUGCGACAAGCAAGCAGCAGAUUUUAGCAUCCUACAAAGCAAGAAAAAUAGAAAAUUUAAAGUUGUCAUCAUCACAAGUAUAAUUCCUAAACUUUUCCAAGGUAAAUAAUUUCUUAAACACAUCAAACAAUAAUACAGAUCUAAAUUUUUAUUAUCAACAUAACAAUAAUAUCCAAUAUUUUCCAGGCAAACUACUACUCCGUUCAUCACCAGCAACAAAUUUCUACUUCAACAAAUCAAUUGAUUACAUAAAGCAUUUCAAAAGGCGAAUAAGAGAUCAUGCAAAAGCAUAAACAAAGAGUGAUUCUAAUUCAUGCAUCAUUCGGAGUAUUAUUCUCUUUCUCAGAGAACUUGAUACCUAGAUUUAUUUACAUAUUAAACUAUUUUAUCAUUGUUUUUUUAGAUCUCUACUUCUAUAUAAAAUCUAAAACACAACUUAUGUCUUUCAAUCUUUGCUAAGCAAUUUAAAUAUAUAGAGAAUAAAUUAAAAGACAUAUGUGAUGUCUAGGUGUUAGUGAGCAAGAAAACAUGAUUAGAGUGAAUAAGAAGUCUACUAUAAAGAUGAGAUUUAUUGGGAGAUAAAAUUGUGUAAAGCUUUUGUAAAUUGCUACUUCAUCAAUAUUUUCGAAGUAUUUUAAAUAAAUUGCUCUCAUUUUACAAAUAUUUAAUAUAAAUUAUUAAUAGUAAUAAAAUAUUUCAAAUCAAACACAAAAUUAAAAUAGUCCAAAUUUCUUAAUGUAAAAGUUACUAAUAAUAAAAAAAAAAUCAAAUAAACACAAAAUUGAAAUAGCCCAUUUUCCGCGCGUAGCGCGGACAAAGACUCUAGUAGUGAUAAUAGAAAAUCACAUAUAUAUUUAGAGGUUUGAUUUAUUCUAUAUAUUUAUGGUACGUGAACGUGACUGAAACAUAUAUAUUUUAUAAUUUUAAAAUGAUAUGCGAUGAAUAACGCCAUAGAUCAUGGAAGAAUAAAUUAUCAUUUACAUAAGAUUAUCUAUUAAUAAUAUGAAUCAUUUUGAAAAGUUGUGUCAUUUCAAUCAUGUAACUAUUGAAAAAUAAUUAAUGAUAAAAGAUUAUGUUUUUUCAAAAAUGUAACUAUUAAAAGUGGUAGAAGAAAAAUGUUUAUAUAUAUUUUUCAUGGAAAAAAUAUACAACCUCCCUAAUGUAUUCAAUUUUAAGAAAUGUGUCAUUUAAAAAAAACUGAGAUUAAUUUUAUGUUUUGUCUGAUUCGAUUUCAUUUAUUCGGGUUUUAUAUAAAAGGUUUUGGUCUAUUUAGACAAAAUUAUUUAUUAAUAGAUAAUAUUAAAAAAAUGUAAACGAUCAACAAAUAUUUUUAUAUAUACAUAUUUUAACUUAUGCAUGAGUUUGAGAUAUAUAAUAUUUAUUAAUUGAAUCUCUAAUUACCCAUAAAUGGAAAUGACUGUUAGAGAUUUUAGUGAUUGUUUGAGACCUUGUAAAUGAAAUAUUACAAUUUAUAGUUACUUUAGUAAUAUUAUGUAUUUAUAAAAUUAAAUAUAUUAAUAUUUUUUGUAUUUUUUGAAUUUCACUUUGUUUGGUCAAGUCUAAAUUUUCACUUAAGAACAAAACUAACUACUAAUGCAAAAUAUUUGUGUAAUACAUGUAUUUUUUAAAAAAAAAUUAUAAACAAGUAUUUUAAAAGUUUUUCAUAUAAAAUAGGUUUUAAUUAUUUUUAUAAAAUGAAUUUUCAUGUGAUAAUGCACAGGUUCUUUGCUUAGCAGUGCUAUUAGAAAAUCACAUUAUAGAAGAUUAAUGAGACAAAUGAUUUAGAGGUAUCAUUUGUUCUACAUAGCUCUAUGAACUCCUUCUUUUAAUGAAUUGCUUUUAACCAAAAAAGAAAGAAAAACACAUUAUAAAGGAUUAACGAGACAAAUCACUUUUAAAAAGGAUUUAGAGGUUUGAUUUUUAAAACAACACCUCUCUCUAUAUAAAAAUGAUUUUUGUUAAGCGGAUUGAUUUGUUCGUACGUUAAAAACUAUUGAAAUUUCCAAUGCAUUUUUUCUUUUGUUAAAAAAAAGAAAAGAGAUUAUAAUAACAUAAACUUCAUUUUAAUAUGCUUAUAAAUAAUGUUGUUAUACUUCUUGCUCUAAAUAUAGAGAAAUGUUAUUUUUCUUUUAAAUAUAAAAGUAUAUUUAUAUUAAAGAGAAAUAAUAAAAAUUAUUUAGAGUAAAAUUAUAUUAUAGUAGUAUUUAGAGUUACAAUAUAAAUGAAUUGAAGAUGCUACUAAACUGGUAUAUUUAUCAUUUGACAAAAAGACAUGCGUAUUUAUCGAGUGACUAUCAAUAAUAAAUCAAUAAACAGUAGAUACACACGGGAGACCAAAAACAAACAAGAACGAGUCAGUUAGCCAGCAACUAUUUUCAAGUAUUCAUUCGAAUGUUUUGAUGGAUCCAAUAAUGCGAGUUUUAGACCAUAUAUAUAAUAAUGCAAGAACAUUAUAAAAUGGAAAAGGCUGUGAUAUAACUUUGGAACCACCUUUGUUGUUGAAUGUGAAGUAGUUGUGAACGCAUAUUACAAUUUAUAUCUAUAUGCAAAAUAUUUGUACUACUAGAAUUUAAUGUAUCAAUGAUAAUUUUAUGCAAAGAAAAAUUUAGGCACGGUGAUUAAAAUUACGUGAAGACAUAACUAUUAUACAAAUUUGAAUACUACAACACUAGUAGUCAUGUAAAUUUGAUCUAGAACCUCUAAAAUCUCUAAAAUAUUGGCCAAACAAAUUUUGUGUAACCGAAGGUGGUUUUUGUUUUGAUGUUUAUUUCGUACGAUUCUUUUUUAUCAGAUCGAAUGUAUUCACUGAAUUUUAACAUCAUUAAUAGAAGUUAAGUCUUUUAGCAAUAUUUAUUUUCAUCUUUUACUUUCUUGUUCAGAUCUAAUGCAUAUACAAGUUUAAAAUCAUCUGAUUUCAACAUUUUUAGUUUGUGAUCUUUUUUUUUCAACAAAAGACAAAACUAGAUUAGAUAGAUUCCUGAGCCGAAAACCAUCUAAGAGAAACUGAAUCAACAUAAACCAUAAUAGAAGGCUGAGUCCUAUCACCUUGUGCUAGUUUAUCUUCCAUUGUGUUUUGUGCCCUUAGAAUAUACUGAAGUUUGUGAUCUACAAAUUAAAAUAAAAAAGAGUAAUUUUUUACUUCGAAAUAUACUUGUUGAUCAUAUAUGUAUUAUGAAAAUAGUUUUAUGGAAUAAUAUGGUAUUUUCUUGAAGUUUAAUAUUAAUUAUGUUAUUUUUAUUUAAAAUUUGUAUUUUAAUAUAACAUUUUAGUAGUUAAUAUUGUUGUAAUAUUUAUAUAUAUAUGUGCUUAGUUAUUUACAAAACUUUUAUGAAUUUAAAUUAAUUAUCACAAAUAUAAGAAUCAUAAAAUAAAAUACAAAUAGUUCUGAAGUUAAAUUUAAGAUUUUGUUAUAGAGAAAAACACUUUUAAACUUCAAAAUAAAGUGUUUUUUUGGAGAUGCUGAACUCUCAUGAAACUCCACUUGCAAGCUUCAUUGUAUUUGUACAGCAUUUGGAAAGAAAGAAACUCUCGUUUGCUUAAGUCGGUUUCCAGGCUGAGGCCUGUAGUCACUGUGAUCCAGGAAAUUCAAAAGAUGAUUAGCUUCAAAUAUGACUCUCUAUACAGGGCUCAGUGCAAUCAUCCUUCAGCCGUGACACACCUCUUUACUUGGUUGCGGUUAUUUAACUAAGAUGUCUGUGUUUGUUUUUAUUAAUUGCCAAUAAACAGAUCAGUGUCGAUCUGGGUUUCUUUUGUGCUAUAAUCUUGUUGGAGGAAUUGUAAGUUUCUGUUUUAAAUCAAAUGAAAUGUACUUAUUAAAUAAAAACUAAAAUAAACAGUUAAUAAGUUAUGUCUGAAGACAAUUGACGUAUUUAUGAAAUUGACAAUCUAUGGAUAUCAUGAACUUACUUCAAUUACACCAAAAAAAAUGAACUUACUUCAAGUUCAAUAAUUAUUUUUGUUAUGAGAAUGCCUUUUCCGAAAUAAAUAAUAUUUUUGACAACUUAUUAUUUUGUUUAACAGUUAUUUUUAUAUAUUAGUUAAAAAAAAAUCAAUAUUUUACCAGGGACUACCAUGUAAAUAUCUUAUACUAUAUGUUUCUGUACCUCUUAUUUAUGCUGUCUUUGUACUGAAGAUCCUCCUAGGGUUAUUACACGUUGAUUUAACAACGAAUAUAUCAUUUUCGCAUCAAUAAGAACAUCAACCAAUUCUCACAUUUUUUUUUUUUUUUGAUAACUCUGGUAUCUGGGCAGCCACAUUCCCAACUAUCCCCCGAAAGGGAUCCAGCACCCCAACGGAAAGGAUGUUAAAUCCGUUGUGGCCAAGACUCGAACCCAGGUGGCGGGCAGUACAGCUGUACCUCCUUUACCACCAAGCUACGAGCGCUUGGUUACCAAUUCUCACAUGAUACCAUUGUUAUACUUUAAGCAUAUUAAUAGGUUGAUAACAACAAGAGUUUUAGUUUUUAUCAGAUGAGUUUUUAGUUUAUUUAAAUAGUUUUGCUAAAUUGUAAAAUAGGUCGUACGAACCCAAAAUAACUAUUGGCCAAAAGAAAAUGAAUCGAUGAUAUCGUAACGAUUAUUCCAAAAUAUUACAAAUUUUCGGAUAUUAAAAAGUAUGAUUAUUAGUUUAUUACGUACCUAAUUAACCAAAGAUCAACAAAACAGGAUGUUGAUUUAAUUUUAAAGUGAGCAAAUACAAGUCGUUGACAAAAAAAAACAGCAAAUAGAGGUGAAGCAAUAUCGUCAGUUCGUCACCGUCAUGUGUAUAAACCUGACCUCACACGUGUGGCCUUAUGUACUUCUCGGUUUUUUGCUUUUAGUGAUGAUUUGUUUUACCUUAAGAAAUUAAGUCGAAUCUGUAAUUUUGAGGUCCAAGUCAGGGGGAAAAAUAUAUAGUACAUGGAUCUUGCUAAGAUCUUGUCUUCUUGAUUUUUCUUUUCUUUUACAAUACUUACUUUUAUUAAAUUAAAAGGCAACUUGUGUGUUACUACUGCAAAUAAAAAUAGAGCCUUGUCGUGUAGCGACGACAAUGAACAUAAUAAGGACGAAGCUCUGGCAGAAACUUCCCAUUCGGCAAUAUCUUUAUUAUGAAAGAGUUUUUCUUUUCAAGCACAAGAUAUUCUUUAUACCAGCUGUGACAUAGUAGUAUGUUAACGACGAACGAAUCAUUUCUUUAUCUAAUUGCACCAACAAAAUAUUCAAUAUUAUUCGCUUUUAUAAUUAUUAUCCAUUGGACCAUUGUUUCUAUUCGGGAAAUAAAAGAAAUAUGGUGUCACGAUCGAGAAGCCUAAAGGGACGUGAAAAUAUAUACAUACUAUGACAGCCAGACAGCUUUGUUUCUCCUAUGUACAUUUUUUCGCGAAUCUCUUGAUUCACAGCAAAGAAUAAUAGUGUGUCAUAUGGUGAUAUCAUGCAUGAUCUGCUGAGUUUUGGCAAUGUUCAAUUUACGUAUACAAGAUCUAUAGAGAGAAGGGAAUCCCCAAGUACUGUCAAAUUGAGAUUGGAGCCAGCAGAGUUGUAUGAUUUUUUUUUUUUGUGUGGGGACUGCUGUGAAGGUAUGAAAAUAAAUAUGAACACAACACAAUACUAUAUGACCAUCCUCUCAUCACUCAUCAGUCUUAAUAUUUACACCGAUAACACAACAAAAUACUAUAUUUUUUUCAAAAAUAAAAAAAAACAAACAAAAUACUACUAUCCUACUUAAAUAUUUGAGUUCCCUACCUAUAUAAAGCGAGGAAGCGACUAAAAGAUACAAACAUGAACACUAAAGUUGCAAAUUAACGACGAAGCAAAUAAUACAAGAUACUGACGCAAAUUGGAACGUAUUUACAUCAAUAUAUACAAUAAAAACCUU